AUGGUAAGGAUCGGCUGGAAAAGAUCGAGCCGUAGGCGGGACACUACUAAUCAUAUCGGUGACAUUAUUCGUCUAUUACACGAUAUGGGCACUAAUAAUGGUUCACCAUUUGUGGAUGAAGGCCAUCCACUACACGAGUUCUUUCCUGACCGCAUAUAUGCAAUUCGUAUACCCGUUGUACUAUUGCUGUUUGGUCUGACGGUGGUGUUUACGUUCGUGGCGUUGGUCAUGAUAAAGAGUGGGAAGAAGGAAGUGAAGAAAUCACAGUAG